UGAAGCAAUACGUGAAGCUUGAGCUUGAGUGACGGGCGUUGAACAUGGUUGCGGACAAAAGUGCUUUGCAUAUUGAGCGCCUGUUCUUUGUUUGGGAGCCAUAUUUGCCCACCUCGCCAGGCGCGCGCUGGCCUCGAUUGCUCUCUGUUUGCAGGCUACCCAUAUAGCCGCACUCGAUGCAGUGAUUGCUUCAUCAUUUUCAGGCGGGCUGUGUCUGCAGGGUGGAAUUGAGCAUAUAGCGCAGAAGCGAAGUUCUCCAUCAUGUCCUAUGCCAAAGAGCCCCAAAGCAACGGGAUUGGACGAACGUUGAAGCUGAAGGGCCGCAUCGGAGUAGGUUCUAGGCUAAGGCAAACAAAAAAGUGGAACUUGGAAAGCCUUGGAAAGCCAAAGAAAGCUCAGAAAUCUUGUAGAAUUUUGAUGCAGUCCAUGAACGAAGGCCUUCUCCCGCUGCGGCUCUGACGUACUUCGAAUUCGCUUGAACAGAGCCCCUGGAGAAGAAGCCAUCUGCAGGCUGCCCAUUGCUCUAUCUAAGGAAUCAGGUGCCUGGGUGGGCAGCCCUGCCACUAUCGCUGCUCAGAGCCAGGCACAGCAUCGCACAAACUCCUGCUGAGGCAGUUACUCCCGCGCGACGGUUGAGUCAGAGCACCUUCCCGUGAUUGCUCCGCAUGGACCCCCCUUCUGAACUCGCAUGCCGCAAUGCCGCUGCAGCUUCAUAGAAGCUUGAGCGCCUGAUCUCCAUCCAGCGUGUCUUCAGAGCAGAGACAGGACAGCCUCAAC